UGAAAUAUUAUCAGUUCUAUAAAUAUCAAGAAUGAGAAUUCUCACAUUAUUCUCUUUUCUUCUUCAAGUUUGUAACCCUGCAGGAACUGAAAGACCAAACAAGAAACUCAGUAGUUACAGACGUGAAAUAAAAACAGCUGACUACAGGCUGUCCACAGAUCUACUUAAUGGAUAUCCUACUGGCUAUAAUAUCCUACCAGUUGUGGAUGCAAUGGAUAUUGUAAACGUGAGUAUUCAGCUGGCUCUAUAUCAUAUUGUUGACAUGAAUGAGAGAGAUCAGACACUGACAACAAGUUGUGAAAUAAUCACAAGAUGGCAUGAUGCUUUUCUCAUGUGGGAUCCAGAAGGAAUGUUUUAA